CGACAAGCAGGUUACCACAAGGUUUGGCGUCACAACGCAUCGUCCGUGCCCACUCUGCCAACUACAAGUCCAAAUCCACUAAACGAAUCACAUCAAAAAGUUCACCAGGAUAUGCCCUACAAGUCAGGUUUUGCCCUAAACAGUUCAAAUGCCACCAAUCCAAAGAACACGAAGCACGUCAUCAAGGAGAAGGGGACUUCGAGUGCCACCUUUGCGACAAGAAAUUUGCUCUCCAGUCGUCUCUGGCUCGGCACGUUCGCUACCACAAAGGAGAACGACCAUUCUGCUGCCACCACUGUGGUAAAAGCUUUAAAUCUAAACCCCAUCUUCAGCGCCACAUUACCUGUCUCCACCUGAAGGAGAAACGGGUAGUAUGUGAGGUGUGUGGUGCUGCUCACCACAACAACUGGAACUUGAAAAUACACAUGAAGACUCACCAAGUGAGUGAUCACAACAGAGAACACAUCUGUUUGAUGGUUCAUAUUCGUAAGGUACACACCGUCACUGUGGUCCAGUCGUCUAAAACUGCAGAUGUGGAAGUCCAAACGCCAGAGAGCUCGGGGAAGCAGCUUACCUCGAUAUUUGAAGAACCAGCGAGGAAAACCAAAGACGAGUUGGCCCACCAGGAGGACACUGAGGGUUCACUCAUAGUCAUCGGGGAGGUCCUGUCAUCUACACCUCCCCAGAUGACGGAACAUCGCACCAUAGUUAUCGAUGGAGGUUCCCAAGAUAACUUGCAACAGCUACCUGAAGGCUUUGCUUACAAUGACUUUACUGAAGACUCGUCCAUGCAUACUUUGGAAUUGUACUCUUGUGACGCCUGUUUCAUGGUCUUCCAGUCAGAAGGAGAGUUGCUACAGCACAAUUGUACUCAUACAUUCACCACUAGUUACUAGCGUUCCUCUCUUGUCUACCAGCUCACGAGCAAAUAAUGAGUACGGUUAUAACAGGGCAGACUAUACAUAGUAAUCAUAUUGUAUAUUAUAUAAUAAAUUAAAUAUUUACCGAA